AUGGUUGAUAUUUAUCAUUUACCAAGUGGUCGUGCUAUUAUUUUACCUGCUGAUGGUCGUGUUGUUAAUCUUUCUUGUGCACAUGGUAAUCCAAGUUUUGUUAUGAGUAACUCAUUUUCAAAUCAAAUUUUGGCACAAAUUGAGUUAUUCACAAAAAAGGAAAAAUAUUCAAUAGGAAUUCAUACUCUUCCAAAACGUUUAGAUGAAGAAGUAGCUUUGGCACAUUUGGAUUAUUUAGGUGUUAAAUUGGAAAAACUAACAGAGACACAGUCGGCAUAUCUAGAUUUACAUCCCGAUGGACCAUUCAAACCUGGAUAUUAUCGUUAUUAA